GGCAGGCAGAUAGGCACAGUGGAGAAGGGGAUUCUGAGUCAUGUCCAUUUACAUCCAUGUAUAGCCCCCACACCUAUGGCACCACAAGGCAGGGGAUGAAGGCCACAGAGCCGAGGGGCCUGGUGUAUCAGCUUCUAUGGAGCUGGUUAAGAGCAAUCCGAGAAAGCACCACAUUGCUGUCUCAGUUUGCUAAGUACCAGGCCCAGUGGGUACUCGAACAGGUUUCCAGUAAUCAUCUGCUGCAGACUCUGUGUCCAUGUCUGGGAUCCUAUAUAAGAAAGAAUGCUCAGCUCACGACAAACCCCAAACAAGAACAAGAAGAAACAGCAAACAGUAGACAGAGCCCCAAGGACCAGCACAAUGAAGAUGGUGCAACUUCUUCCAGCUCUAAGAGAGAGAACACAUCCCUUCCCUCCCAGUCCAUCUACAGCCUAUUUGAUGGGGAGGGGAGGCUGGAUAUCUUCCGCAUGCGCAAACUUGUCUACGAGAGAGGCACCCACCCUAGUGAGAGAAAAAUCACCUGGAAGUUUCUUUUUGGCGUGUAUCCUGAGAAAUCCACAACUGAAGAAAGGAGAGAGCUGGACCAGCAAAUGAUCUCUCAGUAUCACUGGAUGAAACAAUCAUGGAAACAGCGCUUCCCCUGGGCUGCCACCAUGAGAGUUCACUCUGACUUGGAGCUUUGUUUGGCCAUCCAGAAGCAUGAUGAACAACAAAGGGAACUUGAUGCAGCCAAGCCAUCUACGAAUAUUUACAAUGAAGAUAACUUGCCUCUCCAGUACAUCGAUGAACGGCAGUUCCAACAAGCACUAAAAGACAUUGAUGUUGACGUUCCCCAAACUGAUCGGCAUAGAACCUUCUUCCAAUGUGAGGGACUAGUGAACCUACUUUAUCUCCGAGACAUUCUCAUCACAUACGUGGCCUUCCACCAAGACAUUGGGUACUGCCAUGGCAUGAAUGACUUUGCCAGUCGCUUUCUGGAGACCCUGGAUAAUGAGACCGAAGCCUUCUGGUGCUUUGUGGGAUACAUGCGACGUUCAGCAUGGAGGUUCACAACCAUGGGUGUGCGCCGCAAGACACAAAUCUGCGAGGAAGUUCUGAGACAUGUGGACCCAGAACUGUACAGCCACAUAGAGAGUGUGUCCAAGGAAAAGCUGAUCUUCUGCCUCAGGUGGCUGCUGCUACUUUUCCAGAAGGACUUAGACCACCAGGAUGCUGUGAGAGUCCUAGAGAUCAGUGCUUUGGAGACAGAGAAGAUGAAUUUUGGGGCUUGGAUAUGGCGGACUCGUAGAGAAGGUGAAGAGGUACCUGCUCCAUUCAGUUCUGUGGACCGGGAUGAGAUCACAUUUGAGGUGCUGCUUUGCAUUGCUGUCCUGAUCCAGAACAGGAAGCAACUGCUACAAUACCAUGAUGUCAAUGACUUUUUCCUGUUUGCACAAAGGUUGCAAGGCAGACUUCAGCUGAACACUCUACAUGGGGAGGAGAGGACAUAAGUGACAUGUGCCAGAAAAGCAGGACUUGACAGAUGACUACAAUGAAUAUCCAACACACACACUCCAUGGGAGAAAAUGGACUUCACUACCUCCUGCAGGAAAAAAAUGAGAUCACAUCCUCUUUGGGAGCAAAUCACCAAUAAAACUAU